UGAACAGCAAACACAGUAAGCGCCCUGUUGCUGUGCUGUUUGUAGAUAGGUCCAGAUCUGUGAUCUAAGCUGUUGGGCCCUGCUAUUUUCUUUAAAGACAGUAAUUCGUUUCUGGUGGAUUGUUUUGGAGACUUGUAUGGAUGUGGCCACAGUGCUGAAGAUGUUUGGAGUUGAUGCCAGUGGAUUUUCUGUCUCCCUUGGACUUUUCCUACUCUUCCUUGCUCUUCUGUACUGGUAUUCAAUCUACCCAUUCUCUGUGUUGCAGCAAUGUGGGAUCAGACACCCCAAACCAGCCCCUUUCUUUGGAAACCUGAUGCUGUUUCGACAUGGUUUCUUCGAUGCCCACAAAGACCUGAUUAACCAGUAUGGAAGAGUAUGUGGUUAUUAUCUAGGCAGACGGCCAGUGGUGGUGGUAGCUGACCCAGACAUGCUCAGGCAGAUUAUGGUGAAGGAGUUCCAUAAGUUCCCCAACAGAAUGAAACUCAGGGCAGCUACUAAGCCCAUGAUCGACAGUCUACUCAUGCUGAGGAACGAACAGUGGAAACGAGUGCGCAGCAUCCUCACGCCGUCCUUCAGCGCAGCCAAGAUGAAAGAGAUGGUUCCUCUAAUCAAUACGGCCACAGAAACAUUACUAAAUAACCUGCAGGCGUAUGCAGAGUCUGGAGAAAGCUUUGACAUUCACAGGUGUUUUGGUUGCUUCACUAUGGACGUGAUUGCGAGUGUGGCAUUCGGCACACAAGUGGACUCUCAGAAUGACCCUGAUGACCCAUUUGUCCGCCAUGCCUCCAAGUUCUUCUCUUUCACCUUUUUUAGACCCAUCAUGUUCAUGUUCCUGGCCUUCCCAGCUCUGAUCGGACCCCUCAGCGCCCUGAUACCCAAUAAAUCCCGUGAUGAGAUGAACAGCUUUUUUGUCAGCUGCAUUCAGAAGAUCAUAAAACAGAGAGAUGAGCUGCCACCCAAUCAGCGCCGACGAGACUUCCUGCAGCUGAUGCUGGACGUGAGGAGCAGUAAGGAGUGUGUGUCUCUAGAGCACUUUGAUGUGGUCAACCAUGCAGAUGAGCAGGCCGAUGCAUGGUCUCAGGCAGCUGAAGAGGCGGCUAAUGGCCCUGGACAUCAGUCUGUGGAGUCUCUGAGGCGCCCCCAGCUGAAGAGGGUGAUGACAGAGGAUGAGAUUGUGGGCCAGGCCUUCCUCUUCCUUCUGGCCGGCUAUGAGACCAGCAGUAAUACUCUAGCAUUUGUCUGCUACCUGCUGGCCAUUCACCCUGACUGCCAGGAGAAAGUGCAGAGAGAGGUGGACGACUUCUACACCAGACACGGAUCGGCAGAUUACACUAAUGUUCAGGAGCUGAAAUAUUUAGACAUGGUGGUGUGCGAGGCCCUGAGACUGUACCCACCCGGAUUCAGAUUUGCACGAGAAGUUGAACAGGACUGCGUGGUGAACGGACAGUUUCUGCCCAAAGGAGCUACUCUGGAGAUCCCAGCAGGCUUCCUGCACUAUGAUCCACAGUAUUGGCCUGAGCCAGAAAAAUUCAUCCCAGAAAGGUUCACCCCUGAAGCCAAGGCCAACCGUCACCCUUUUGUGUAUCUGCCAUUUGGAGCAGGGCCUCGCAGCUGUGUGGGCAUGAGACUGGCCCAGCUGGAGAUUAAAAUGGCUCUGGUCAACAUCUUCAAGACAUUUAACGUGGUGGCCUGUGAAGACACUAAGGUUCCUCUUGAAUUAAAGUCCAGUACCACCCUGGGACCAAAGAAUGGCAUCUUUGUUAAAAUUACCAUGAGGGACAAUCUGGAUAAUGUAUCAGAGUAGACAGUGAUUCAUGUGAGCCUAGUUUAAAAGAAGCUCUACUUUGAAUAUCUCUGUAAUACCUGAUUAUAAUUAGGAUAAAAACAUUGUGAUUUGUAUUAAUUGCUACAUAUCUGCAUCAAAAUGAUAACACUGAAAAAUAUGUUUACCCUGCUAUGUUACUGCAGGUCUGAGCAAGGAAUAUUUUCUAUAGGAAGAUCCCUCAUAAAUCCACAUAAGAACCACCAUCUGACCCCUUGGACUGGAAGUGCUUUUUGAUUGCAGUGUAAAUGAUCAGAGAUAUCAGCAAUAUCCAAUCAGUGCGGGCCUUUUUGAGAAAACCCAUUUUUGAGAAUGGAUCCAUCUGGGACCACUGAAGUAAAACUGUUAGAGUAGACCUUUAUGUUUAAAAUUAAAAAUAUGAAAUAUGUUACUAACCGUGUGUUCCAAGAAAAAGAUUCCACCUUGUUACUCUUGGAUUCUACCUUGUUAGGUGUUCUACCUCAUUUCAUCGCAGAUCCAUCUUUAUGUGACUGCAAAAGUCUAUGGACCCGUUUCAGUACUUUUUUUUUUUUACCAUGGUCUUGCCCACUUCAACUUACGUUACACAAGUGGCCACUCACAGCAGAAGUGGAGGAGGAGACAGAAAGAAUUGGAUUAUUCAGAUGGAAUGCACUUGCCCUCUGCAGCCUCAGUGAGCUAAUCUGCUAGCCAUGCAAGCUUUGCAGUGCAAUGAGAAAAUUUGUGAAUAAUUUUUUAAUCUGGUUGUAAAGUUGGCAAAGCACCAUGGUGUAAUGGCUUUCUGUUUGUUCUUUUUAGCCAUGUAGCACUUUUGCGUGCUAACUAGCAAGCUAGUAGAGUACAGUGAUGAAGUUGUAUCAGCACUCAUUUAUAAGGAAUGGAGUGGUUUCCAACUUAAAGCUGCACUAUGUAAGAGUGCAGCUUUAAGUUGGAAACCGCUCCAGACGUGUACAAAAGAAAUAGACUAAUUUUCAUCCAGUGCUUUACCAAUAAAAACAUUACAUAUAAAAACUCAUAUAAAGACUCAUUUUGGAUAUUAAUUAAAAUGGCUAUAUGUGCAUAAUAGACCCCUGAUUUCUAGAUCCUAAAGUAAUCGAAGUUGGUAAGUUCUGCAGUGCACCAUUUCUCAUCACACAACUCUAAAUAACUUUAUUUACAGUUUUAAUUAUUUAAUUAUGCAGCAUUUUUAAAAAGUUGUCUGAAUUACUCUCUAAGUAUUUUGAAUCUAUCUAUGAAAUGUCAAUUGGUAGAAUUCCCAUUUCAUAGAUUAAAUAGUGAAUCCAAAGAAUAAUGGACUUAAUACACAUACACAUUAUGUCUGCAGUGGCUAGAGCUUUUUAGACUAGGGGAGAAUUCUCAUUACAUCUGAAGCAGGUUGUAUCCUCAGUGAAGUGAUAGAUUGUACAAAUAUUUCUACCACUAAAGAUGCUCAGAGAGAAUAUUUGCACUGUAGAGUCUGUGAAUGGUGCACAACGUUGAAUUAAAUAUUUUUUACUUCAAAAUACAUUGUACUGUAAUGAUACUCUGCCUCCUAUUGUUAAUGUGAAUAAACUGAGUACACUGUAGACAAAGCUGGGAUGCAUUUUCCCCAGUACUCAGGUACAUCUACAGAAAAUGUGAUGGAGCUUGCAUUGGUAUGAAAACACAUGCAUAUAUU